AGCUGUGUCUGGGCUCUCGCAGUCUUGGGUUCUCCUUUCGCUUCCGCGUGGCUUCCCGGGGGGCUAACAGGAGAGUUGGAAGUUUGCUUCCGCUGCCUCUCUGCGCUUCCCACGGGUCGGUUUAGGCUGCUGACGCCGCAGCGAUUUUUUCGGGCGCUGCGUUUUUUCCCAUCCGUCUGGUCGGGUGUGGCGCGGCGAUCGGAGUUGCUGCCGCGUGACCUCAGGGCGCUUUCGGCGAGGAGGCAGGGUGCACCUAGGCCUGGUGCUCCUGGGCUGCGGGGCGUGUGCGUUGAGGUGCUGCCACCGAGGCUCGGGGUGUCACUCCGGGCCUGGUUGGCCCCACGGCAAGCUGGCGGAGAUGGAUGGCUGCUGAAGCUCUUUUUCCUUCUUUUCGAGCAGGAAACCGGGGUCAUGGAGUACCUGGCCGAGUCCGCCAGCACUCCGGGCGAUGUCUUGUGCUGCGAGUGUGGUGUUCCCAUUAGCCCAAAUCCUGCCAACAUUUGUGUGGCCUGUUUACGGAGUAAAGUGGACAUCAGCCAGGGCAUCCCUAAACAGGUCUCCAUUUCUUUCUGCAAACAGUGCCAGAGGUAUUUCCAGCCACCAGCAACUUGGAUACAAUGUGCAUUAGAAUCAAGGGAACUUCUUAGUUUGUGUUUGAAAAAACUCAAAGCCCCUCUGAGUAAGGUACGGCUUGUAGAUGCAGGCUUUGUUUGGACUGAGCCCCAUUCUAAGAGACUUAAAGUUAAAUUGACUAUUCAGAAAGAGGUGAUGAAUGGUGCUAUCCUUCAACAGGUAUUUGUAGUGGAUUUUGUUGUUCAGUCCCAGAUGUGUGGAGAUUGCCAUAGAGUAGAAGCUAAGGAUUUUUGGAAGGCUGUGGUUCAGGUCCGGCAAAAGACUUUGCACAAAAAGACUUUCUACUAUCUUGAACAAUUGAUUUUAAAAUAUGGAAUGCAUCAGAAUACUCUCCGUAUCAAAGAGAUUCAUGAUGGUCUGGAUUUCUAUUAUUCUUCAAAACAACAUGCUCAGAAGAUGGUAGAAUUUCUUCAUUCCACAGUUCCCUGUAGAUACAAAGCAUCACAGAGACUGAUCUCUCAGGAUAUCCAUAGUAACACAUAUAAUUACAAAAGCACCUUUUCUGUGGAAAUUGUUCCAAUAUGCAAGGAUAAUGUUGUUUGCCUGUCUCCAAAACUGGCACAAAACCUGGGAAAUAUGAGCCAGAUUUGCGUAUGUAUUCGAGUAACCAGUGCUAUUCAUCUCAUCGACCCACAGACUCUACAAGUGGCAGAUAUUGAUGGAAACACAUUCUGGAGUCACCCAUUCAGUAGUUUGUGCCAUCCAAAACAACUGGAAGAGUUUAUUGUAAUGGAAUGCAGUAUAGUAAGAGAUGUGAAACGCAAUGCAGGCUCAGGAAUGAUAUCAAAAAAGCAUAUCCUUGGGGAAGUCUGGGUGCAGAAAACAUCUGAAAUGAAUACAGAUAAACAGUAUUUUUGUCAUACUCAUUUGGGACAUCUUCUAAAUCCAGGAGACCUGGUAUUGGGGUUUGAUUUGGCUAACUGUAAUUUAAAUGAUGAGUAUGUCAACAAAAUGAACCCAGAUAGAGUCCCAGAUGUGGUGUUAAUAAAGAAGAGCUAUGACUGUACUAGACGGCAGCGUCGUAGAAACUGGAAACUGAAAGAGCUUGCAAGAGAUAGAGAAAACAUGGAUACUGAUGAUGAAAGACAGUACCAAGAUUUCCUUGAAGAUCUUGAAGAAGAUGAGGCUAUUAGAAAAAAUGUCAACAUCUACAGAGAUGCAACUGUUCCUGUGGAAAGUGACACAGAUGAUGAAGGAGCACCUCAAAUUAGUCUAGCUGAGAUGCUUGAAGACCUUCACAUUUCCCAAGAUGCUACAGGUGAAGAGGGUGCAUCAAUGCUGACACAGUGAGAUCCUGUUUCAGUAGCUUUCAAAUCUAUAUGCAGUGUAUGUUGGACAAACAACUUUUGCUUUCUACUCCACUGUUGCUUCCAUACUGAGAGAGAUUUAAUAUUAAACCUGGAUAAACAUGACUUCUGACUGUACUGAAAAAAAAAAAGGGUUUGAGUUUAAGGCUUUGAAAUUCAAGAUUAAAAGCUGUAGUCAUUACUGAUAUUUUAGGUCACUUUACACAAAAUUUUAUUGCUUUGUUAUAUUUUAGUAGUUUCACAUACCAUAGAGCCAGCUUUAAAAUUUUUUUCAACUUAUAAACAAGGGCAAAAAGAGAAAACAAACAACGUAAAACCUUUGCUUCACUGUGAUAAAUUGAACUAAAGCAAGAGAUUCUGGGGAAGAGAGGGUUGGAGAGGGCCUUGGGGUCCUGGUGAAUUAUAUUGGAAAGGGUCAUUGGGAGUGAGUGUUCUGAUGACACCUAACACAGGGAUAUGAGUGAUUGUACCCAUGUGUCAAUAACUGUACUGUAAACCAUUAUCAGUAAAAUAAAAAAUAAAGUCAAAAUGUUUUUCAAGAA